AUGGUGAGGCUGCCGUACUUCAUCGCCCUGACCACCCUCUUUAGCUAUGUCCUCAUCUUCACCAUCGGCCGGCUUAGGGACCUCUUCAGGACGCUCGUCGACUUUUACAGACCCAAGUCCGAGGGCGACCAGGUACCAAAAUGCAGCACCGAAAGAAGAUUAAUUUCCGCACUGCAUGUCGCAUUUCCACCUUCUCAGUCGAUGAACUUCGGCGUUGGCAUUGCAGGGUUACGCUCCGAUCUGUCUCGGGCUCGAAGAUUUCUACAGCCGGCGACUCUAUCGUCGCAUUCAGGUCUCCUUCUUCUCUGUCUCCCUCCCUCCCUCCUUGAUGUCGACGGUGGCCUCUUGUUCUUUAAUGGAGGAGGGUUCAUUCACGUUUGCGCUAGACACUCGCAGGAAAUGUCCAUGUUUCAUAGAUUAUGGACCAGAGGUUCCACCAAUUUCCUCUCGUAUUGAAGACCCAAUAACCGAAAUCUCUCUCUCUCUCUCUCUCUCUCUCUCUUUCUCUCUCUCUCUCUCUCUCUCUCUCUCCCCAUUUCAGGACUGCUUCGGUCGACCCUUAGCAGGCGCCCCAGACACCUGGAUUGAUGUGGUCGAUCGUCACUCUAAUGACAGCAACAAGACGAUUCAGUAAGCUUCUCUGACUCUUUCCACUUAGAAUCAAGUUCAUCUGGAAUAUACAUGCUAGAUCACACGAGAAAACCCACAGUUUCAUCUGAAACAUACCAGCAGAUUCGAAUCCUUUUACUUUCAAGCGGGUUAAGAUAAUCUCCACGGAUUGAGCCGACGAUCGAUGGGUUAUUACUCCAUGCGGGUUUCUUUAUAUCCGAAAUUAGAUCGAGAAUUGGAUCCUUCUCUUCUUUCCUAUGAAUUAUUGGAAAAAAAAGGCAUUUUCUGUAGAUCAACAGGGUUUUGACUCAGCUGAAUCUCUUCGGAUGCAGGCGAACCGCGGACACGAGGAGAUGCCUCAAUCUGGGAUCAUACAACUACCUUGGCUUCGCAGCAUCCGACGAGUACUGCACGCCGCGUGUGGUAGACUGCUUGAAGAAAUAUUCUCCCAGCACCUGCAGCGUUCGAGUCGACGGCGGUCUGUAAAUAGCUCAACAGCUGUAAAAAUCAUCCAUUUACUGUCCGCGGAGUUCCGGCUGAGGCGGCGGUUGUCCCUGCAGGCACGACCAAGCUCCAUGCAGAGCUGGAGGAUCUGGUAGCGAGGUUUGUUGGGAAGCCAGCUGCGGUUAUCUUCGGCAUGGGUUACGCCACUAACUCCUCAAUUAUCCCCGUCCUCACUGGGAAGGUACGACUUCCCCAUCUCGGACCAGUUCAGGUUCUCUCUGUGGGUAUGGGCUCUUUGGUUGACCUUUUUGUUGCCCGCGAUGGGUUGAAGGGAGGGCUGAUCAUCAGCGACUCGCUGAACCAUAACUCCAUUGUCAACGGUGCUCGAGGCUCGGGUGCGGUGGUUCGGGUCUUCCAGCACAACAGUAAGUCUCAUAGCCAUCAGUUAAAAUAAAUAAAUAAAUAAAUAAAUAAAUAAAUAAAUAAAUAAAUAAAUAAAUAAAUAAAUAAAUAAAUAAAUAAAUAAAUAAAAUAAAAUAAAAUAAAAUAAAAUAUCUUUACUGACCCUCUGCAGUAUGCUUUACGGGGCUAAUUUCUCAUUUUUUUCUGCCAUUUUUUGUAGCUCCCUUGCACUUGGAGGAGGUGCUGAGGGAGCAGGUUGCGGCGGGGCAGCCUCGGACGCACAGGCCAUGGAAGAAGAUCAUCGUCAUCGUCGAGGGGAUCUACAGCAUGGAGGGCGAGAUCUGCAAGCUUCCGGAGAUCGUCGCCGUCUGCAAGAAGUACAAGGUCAGAUAAACAUUACCCCAAAUAAAGACGACAUUUUUCAGAUACCCUGAAGUUUCUUAUCCCAUUGACUUUUUUUCUUUUUUGGUUCCUGGUCAACCCACAAAAAUGGAUGGCAUCUUCUUCUUCCUCUUCUUUAUAAUAGGCAUACACGUACUUGGAUGAGGCUCACAGCAUAGGCGCGGUCGGCAAGUCAGGCAGAGGUGUCUGUGAGCUGCUGGGAGUUGACCCGGCCGAUGUGGAUGUAAUGAUGGGGACCUUCACAAAGUCAUUCGGUUCUUGUGGGGGAUACAUUGCGGCGUCAAAGGUCGUUGUUCUCUCGGUUUCUAUCUUUAAUCAUAAUAUAUCUUUAUUUAGAAAUAUAUAAAUAGAAAUAUUCCUCUCUUCCAAGAAGCCACAUGAAUAUUAUGUUCCUCGUUGUGGCAGGAGAUUAUCCAAUACUUGAAGUACGCUUGCCCAGCUCACCUGUACGCAACGUCCAUGUCCCCGCCUGCUGUGGAGCAAGUAAUUUGCGCCAUGAAAGUCAUUUCUGGAGAGGAUGGGUCGAACAGAGGUGACCGAAGAUGCCCAUCCGUUUUAUUUAUUUAUAUUUUUAAGGAAAAACCCUGUAAUUUCCAGCUGUUAAGCGGAUGGGAGAAUUGGAAGAAAAUCCCCACAACUUAUUUUUUUACUUAUUUGGGAAACUAGUGUAAAUUAUAUUUUUGAUGUAUUAAUUAAAAAAACCCACAUUUUUUUAGUUGUUUCGAUGAUUUUUUUUUUACAAAAAUCUGGUUUUUCGUUUAAGAUAAAUGGAUCUCUUGAAAAUCGUUAAAAAGAAAUUGGGUUAUCCGUGGGAUAUUCCAGGCGCCGUGAAGCUCGCGCGAAUCCGCGAGAACAGCAACUUCUUCAGAUCGCAGCUCCAGAAGAUGGGCUUGCAGGUUCUGGGUGACAACGAUUCCCCGAUCAUGCCGAUUAUGCUGUACAACCCUUCAAAGAUCCCGGCUUUUUCCAGGGAAUGCCUCAAACAGAAUGUAAGUAAUUCACGCCUUCAGAUCCUUUGUUCUUCAUGAGUCAACGCUUGGUCAACCAAAUAUGGGUUGCAUUAAUUCGCCCUCAAACCCAGAUUUUAUCUGAUCUUUGGUCUAAUGGGUCUCUAUUUUUUUUCCCACCAGAGAGGAGCAAGGCGUCAUUUUUAUUGUUUUUUAAAAAUCUCCAUAGUCAGCAGGGGAAAACUCAAAUUUCUCUAUGGUUCUUCAGGUGGCAGUGGUGACUGUGGCGUUCCCCGCCACCCCCUUACUCCUUGCGAGGGCUCGGAUCUGCAUCUCCGCCUCCCACACAAGGGAAGAUCUCAUCAGAGGCUUGAAGGUGGGUGAAACAAUAUCAAACCCCCGUCCCCACCCCCCACCCCCCACCCCCUACUUUGCGAGCUUCUCUCAUAAAGGCGUCAUCUUUUUCUGGGUCUGGGUCUCUCUCUCAUGUCAGGUGAUUAGCGAAGUAGGGGACCUCGUGGGCAUCAAGUACUUCCCUGUCGAGCCCGAGAAGCACCUGGCUGAGAGUGGCGGCGCCAUGGUGGACUAG